AUGAGGCGUCGAAGGCUGGCUUUGUCCACGACAGAGAUCCAGCGCGAUUGCCUGGCAAUAUUGGAAAUCAAUGCCUUCUAUGGAAUUUCAUUAGGAAGCGCCGUCCCCAGGGAAGGCGUGGACGAGGAGGACAGCGGGGACGAGAGCCGCAGUGGGAGUGAGGAGACCAACGUGUGUGACCGGUGUUGUGGCGAGUUCUUCAAGUGGACCGACUUCUUGGCACACAAGAAGAGCUGCACCAACAACCCGCUGGUGCUGAUCGUGCAUGACGAUGAGCCCCCUCCGCCUGCCGAAGCCUUUCCAGAACCUUCUCCCGCCAGCUCUCCCAGCGAGCCAGCAGAGAGUGAGGCCGCCGAGGAGGCCACUCCGCCUGAGCCUGGUGAGGCCGCUGAGCUGAAGGCCCCAGACAAGGACGAGGAGCCCAUGGACGUGGAGUGCCCGGGGGACACGGCAUACCCGGGUCCGAGCCCCUCUGCCAUCCCCAAGCCCCCGCUGGCUCCGGGACCAGAGCCCGUGGCCUCAGCCAGCUACAGCAUGCCCAGCACCAACGUGACCCUGGAGGCGCUGCUGAGCACCAAGGUGGCCGUGGCCCAGUUCUCGCAGGGCGCACGGGCGGCAGGGGGCGUGGGCCCGGGGGGCGGUGUCCCCGCCGUGGCGAUCCCCAUGAUCCUGGAGCAGCUGGUGGCACUGCAGCAGCAGCAGAUCCACCAGUUGCAGCUCAUUGAGCAGAUCCGCAGCCAGGUGGCCCUCAUGAGCCGGCCACCACCACCACGGGCCUCCCUGAACCCCGCCACCACCCCCAGCGCGCCCAGCCCUGCCGCCAGCCAGCUCCAAGGCUUUGCUGCCCACCCUGCCCUCCAGCUCUCAGCUGGGGUCUCCCCUGCCACGACGACUGGGCUGCCCCCCAGUGCCCCACCAGCCACCUUGGAGGGACCUCCGCUCCUCUCACAGUCCGUGUCUGGGGCCAGCACUCCUGGUGCCCCCAGCUGCGGCCCAUCGGGGUCCACGGAGCCCAGUGUCCCCACAGCGUCAUCCAGCACGGUCCCUGCCUCCACGAGCCCUCCGUGCACAUCCACUGGCAGCAGCUCCUCCCGGCCUCAGAGCGCACCCCCACCCCCCACCCUGGGAGCCGGAACACUGCUGACCUCCGUGUCCAAUCUGCCAAACCCACUGCUACCUCAGACCUCCUCCAGCAGCGUCAUCUUCCCCAACCCGCUGGUCAGCAUCGCGGCCACGGCCAACGCGCUGGACCCCCUCUCGGCCCUCAUGAAGCACCGCAAGGGCAAGCCCCCCAACGUGUCUGUGUUUGAGCCCAAGGCCAGCUCCGAGGACCCUUUCUUCAAGCAUAAGUGCAGGUUCUGUGCCAAGGUCUUCGGCAGCGACAGUGCCCUGCAGAUCCACCUGCGCUCCCACACUGGUGAGCGACCCUUCAAGUGCAACAUCUGUGGCAACCGCUUCUCCACCAAGGGCAACCUGAAGGUCCACUUCCAGAGGCACAAGGAGAAGUACCCCCACAUCCAGAUGAACCCCUACCCUGUGCCGGAAUACCUCGACAAUGUGCCCACCUGCUCCGGCAUCCCCUACGGGAUGUCCCUGCCACCCGAGAAGCCGGUGACCACCUGGCUAGACAGCAAGCCCGUGCUGCCCACAGUGCCCACGUCCUUGGGGCUGCAGCUCCCGCCCACACUGCCCGGCUUCACCGACUCGCCCAGCCUCACGCCCAUGAACCGCUCUCCACAGAGGCCCUCUCCUGCCUCCAGCGAGUGCACCUCCCUGUCACCCGGCCUCAACAACUCCGAGUCUGGUGGCCCAGUGGCCGCCGAGUCUCCACAGCCGACCCUCAGCACAACUGCCCUGACCAAAACCGAGCCCCUCGGCCUGCCCCUCCCCGGCUCCAGGCUCGGGGAUGCCCCAGCCAGCGGGCCGGCUGCUGCUCCGGUGCCUGUGGCCACCACGGCCACCGACAGCAGCGCGCCCUCCUCCAGCCUGGCCACCCCAGUGCUCCCAGCCCUGUCGGACCAGGUCAAGGCCAAGUUCCCAUUUGGGGGGCUGCUCGACUCCAUGCAGACGUCGGAGACCUCGAAGCUGCAGCAGCUGGUGGAGAACAUCGACAAGAAGACGGACCCCAACCAGUGCGCCCUCUGCCACCGCGUGCUGAGCUGCCAGAGCGCCCUGAAGAUGCACUACCGCACGCACACCGGCGAGCGGCCCUUCAAGUGCAAGAUCUGCGGCCGCGCCUUCACCACCAAGGGCAACCUGAAGACGCACUUCGGCGUGCACCGCGCCAAGCCCCCGCUGCGGGUGCAGCACUCCUGCCCCAUCUGCCAGAAGAAGUUCACCAACGCUGUGGUCCUGCAGCAGCACAUCCGCAUGCACAUGGGGGGCCACAUCCCCAACACGCCACUGCCCGAGGGCUUCCAGGAAGCCAUGGAUGCUGAGCUCCCCUUCGACGACAAGGGUGCUGACGCCCUGAGCAGCUACGAUGACGACAUGGACGAGAACUCGCUGGAGGAGGAGCCGGAGCCCAAGGAGCCCCUGGGCGACCCCUCCAAGCCCCUGCUGACCUUCUCCGGCUCCUGCCCGCCCUCGCCGCCCUCGGUCAUCUCCAGCAUCGCGGCCCUGGAGAACCAGAUGAAGAUGAUGGAUUCGGCCAUGGGCUGCCAACAGCUUACUGGCCUCAAGGCCCUGGAGAAUGGGUCCGGGGAGAGUGACCGGCUGAGCAACGAUUCCUCAUCUGCCGCCGGCGACCUGGAGAGCCAGAGUGUGGGCAGUCCAGCCACGUCGGAGUCAUCCUCCUCCAUGCAGGCCCUGUCCCCUGCCCACAGCAAUGGCGAGAGCUUCCGCUCCAAGUCCCCGGGGCUCAGCAACCAGGGCGAGCCCCAGGAAAUCACACUAAAGACCGAGAAGCCGGACAGCCCUGCCCCGGCGGCCGAGAACGGAGGUGCCCUCGACCUGACCGCCGCCACCCCGGGCCGGCCAGUGGUCAAGGAGGAGGCCCCCUUUAGCCUGCUGUUCCUGACCAGAGAACGGGGUCCCUGCCAAACUCCUAGCCUGGUCAGCAGCAACCCGCCCGCAGCUGUCAUCAGGAUGGAUGUCAACGGUCACAGCAAGGCCAUCGCGCUGGGUGAGGGGGGCCCGCUCCCGGCCGGAGUCCAGGUCCCCGCUGGGCCACAGACAGGUCUGAGCCCUGGCGUCACCCCGCUGUUGGCCCCCCCGCCACGCCGGACCCCCAAGCAGCACAACUGCCAGUCCUGCGGGAAGACCUUCUCAUCAGCCAGUGCACUGCAGAUCCACGAGCGCACGCACACCGGCGAGAAGCCCUUCGGCUGCACCAUCUGUGGCCGCGCCUUCACUACCAAAGGCAAUCUCAAGGUUCACAUGGGCACGCACAUGUGGAACAAUGCCCCCGCCAGACGAGGCCGCCGCCUCUCAGUGGAAAACCCCAUGGCGCUGUUAGGGGGCGACGCCCUCAAGUUCUCCGAGAUGUUCCAGAAGGACCUGGCUGCAAGGGCCAUGAAUGUGGACCCCAGCUUCUGGAACCAGUAUGCCGCGGCCAUCACCAACGGCCUGGCCAUGAAGAACAACGAGAUAUCGGUCAUACAGAACGGCGGCAUCCCCCCGCUGCCCGUCAGCCUUGGUGGCAGUGCCAUCCCCCCACUGGGCAAUCUGGGCGCCGGCAUGGACAAAGCCCGCACGGGCAGCAGCCCACCCACCGUGGGCCUGGACAAGGCGGGCUCAGAGACCGGGGCCAGCCGGCCCUUCACCAGGUUCAUCGAGGACAACAAGGAGAUCAGCAUCAACUAGCUGCCAGCCCGCCCACGCACUCACACACACCUCCAUGCUGGAGCUGGCUCAGGACCACGCACAGCCCUGCACCAGCAGGGAGCCAGGCCCAGGGCGCCCCAUCCCCAGCAGCGCUGGGGGGCUCCGCCCAGUGAGUCUGACGUCACUGGGAACUGGACCGAUGACCCAAUUUUGAGUCACAGAAACCACAGGGGAGGCGCGUUAGGACUACUGAGGACUGAGCACCCAGGCCUCGGCCCUGAGCUGCUUGCAGUCCCCAGGGCCCAGGCACGCUGGCUCCAGGCUUAUUCACGCUAGUUAGAAACUGGAACAACGUUGUUAGAAACUCUACUCUUAAGAAGUGGCUCGAUGCCCUGGCGCCGUGUAUGAAUCCAGUAUGUUCGUCUGUAAUAUUUAUCAUGUUAAGAUGAAAUUAUGCGGGUAACAGACAAUAUAAUCACCCCAACCAUUCUUUGAGAAGCCUUUGUACAAUGGAGGACAUUUGGCUGUGUGGGGUCCCGGGUUGGUUUUUUUGGUUUGUUGUUUGGAUUUUUUUGUUGUUGCUUUUGUUUUGUUUUGUUUUCGGCUUCUUUUCAGAGCAAGAUUUGUUCUACUAUAAAUAAGUGGAAUCCUUCCACGCAGGCGACAUUGUGAAGUUUUACUGGGAAGGAGAGCAUGCUUUUCAUGUGCAAGUACCUGUCAGUAACAGACCUUUUUUUAUUAUUUAAAAGUUUGUAGCUGCUAUGUGACAGUUAUUCUAUGAAAUGACAAGUGUCGUGUGGUCCGUGGCCCCACGAUCGGGGGAAAACCAGUGGCAGACAAACAUCGCAGUUGGCCACAACGCCCUAAGCAGCUGUGAGUAAAGGUCUCACGUUACCAGAGCUGUACAAUAAAGAAGGUAAUGUUUGUAUACUGUGGUCGCAAACUCUUAAUUUAUACUGCUGCACUUUUAGUAUUUUGUAUUAGGGAGGUUUGUCUAUCAUUUGAAAAUAAUAAAAGAAAGAUGUAAAGUAUUUUAUAAAUAGUACUUCGGUUUAAGGAAAAUGGAAAAAAAAUAAAAUAAAACUGACAGUUUCUUGUCUUAAGGUCAUACAACAUGAGGCCUCCUCUCUGCUCAGUCAGGCUGCCGGGACGUGCCAGUGCCUUCAGGAGGCUGCCCCUGCUGCCCCUGAAUAGGAGCGAGGAAUGUGAUGCCCUGUGCGGUCUGCUUAGAAACUGACCACCGCAGCCAGGCUUGGGCGCGUGGACUGGGGCUGUGGCAUCUCUGCACGGUCAGGAAGAGGAGAGCGCCGCGCGGCCUCUGGGCUGCAAGUGGCCGCCCCUGCAGGAACCAUGGACUAGAGGGACACACUCACGCCGGGCAGCGUUCUCAGCCUGACAGCCCCCUGGGUCCCGGGCUCAUCUGCCACCACCUCUGAGGUCCUCGCUCCCUCGGGUGAGUCAGAACUCAGGCUUUGCCAGGUUCUAUGUCUAAGCGGCCCUUCCUUCAGCCAGAGGCCCCGGGUGAGAUCACACUCGGAGAGGAAGUGUUUGUGUCCUACCUCAUUCUUGGGCUUUUCGAGUGCGGUGGAACCUGACCUGGGCACUCCUCGCUGCCCGGCCAGGGGCGGAGGUCAUGUCCUUCCACAGCAGGCAGGGUCCUCAAGCCCCAAAACACAGAGCUCCCUGGCAGGACCUUGUGCACAAAGUCCUUGCAAAGCUGCCGGGCCCGUUGUUCCUGCCGGACAGAGCUCUAACCGUGACUGCUGGUCUAGGUGGUAGCCACACAGAAGGCUCUGUCUGGGCUGCAGCAUGAGCACCAGGCCUGGCCCAGCAAGCAUUGAGGUGCAGCGUGGUCCUCGCUGUGUCUCAGCUGUUAAAUGUUGUCAUCCUUGAUGUCCUUUCUGGGCAGACUCUCCCGUCGGGACCUUGUGGUGUGACCCCUUCCCCCAGAGGAUGUGUAAGUUGCCGAGCAGAAUGUCAAGGGUGUAUACAGAUGACCCCUGAGGUCCCUGGGUCUGUCCUAGGCUCAGAGCCAGCAGCCCUCCGCGGGGAGGCAGAAACAUAUUUUUGUACUGCAGUACCAAGAGGGGCCAGUGCCCCUCCAUCAGCAGUGGGGGCUGCUACCCAGAUCCAAUAUUUUUUUAUUAUGAAAUCUUGUGACUUGACACACGUACGGAUCGAAAUGGAUGUCUU